CCCGUCUUAAUUAAGCUUACUGCACGUGAUUUAACCUCUUUUGGUGGUGAAUUUGGCGAUGCGCGAGACAUGAAAUCGCUGACGCGCGUCUUAUCUUCUUCCAAAAACCACUCUCUAAAUUUUCCAAUUCGCGGGUGAUUUCAUGUUUUUUGGUCUAUACGGUAUUUAGAAACGCAUUAUUUACUCUACACAUUAAAAAAUGAACUCUUUGGUGGAUUAUGAAUCCUCGGACAGUGAAGUUGAAGAAUCAAGCGCUUUUGUCGCGCAAUUAAAGGAAAAGUCUAUGUUCGUGCAGGCUCCAAAGAAGAUUUCGGAUAAACGAACGUCUGUUAAAAAAAUUGCGGUCGAAUACGGGGAUUUGGACGAAAAGGAGUCGGCGUCGGCUCCCAUUGCUUCCUCUGUUUCUGACAACGUCUCCCUUUCCAGUAUCCUUGUCGCUCCUAAGAAAAACAUAAACUUAGAACCUGAACCUUCUAUUCGAACAGAUUUGGUUGGUGAAACAACGGACACUAGCACAGCCGAACCUGAAAAUUUUGACGACAUUACAAGCUUUCUCCCAACGUCUGUGUCUAAUCGGCAAAAAAACAAACGACAAGCCUUACAAACAUCAACUCUAUUUCCAAUUGUCCCUAGUACCGCCCAGAAAAAGGAAUCCCCUUCUGAUCAAACUGUUCACUCAAGUUACGAGCCAGUGUUUUUGCGACCAACAAAGCGUACACGCUCCGCCGCACAAAUGCCUAUCAACACUCCGGAGGUUUUGACAGAAACAACUGCGGAACAGUCCAUUGAGGACCGUAUAACCCAGCUUGACCCCAAGGCCUCUUCUAAACAUGCUCGUUUUAUUGAUGUCGACAUGAACAAGAUUUACGAACAAAACAUGGCUACUAUGUCACAACCUAUUGCUUCGGCAUCCAUCAAAAGUGUUGCUCCGGGUCGUCACCAACUCUCCUCUCUUGUUAGUAUGGCUACCCUUCAAAAGGACAACUUUGAAGCACACUUUGCCCAGGAACGGCAAAAGAAACGAGACACCGCCAAGAAAUAUGGUUUCUAAAAGUCGCUUACGGCGAUCAGUUCUGACCAAUGAUGGUCAAUGUCGAUUAAUCAUUUCACUACAUUGUCCAAAACAAUUCGGCCAGUAAAACUGAGUUUUUACAUCUUUCCACAAAGCUACUAUUACACGGGCGGUAAGAGCUAACACGACCUAGGCCCUCAAUGUCACACACAAGGGAAUCUCGACCAGCAUCCGCAACUCUAUUCCUACAUCAAUCAAAACAAACAUAUCAGCAGCACAUGAUACAGUUCUUACGCCUCAAUCACCCUCCCAACCGCAUCGGUUCCUUUUUCUUUCACCGCGGGCAGAUCAUGACCCUCAUCGUUUCCCUAGCAACCACAUAAUCUGGGACCCUUGUCAAAGGCUAACGGCUCACUUCGC